UGUAGUUUUUUCCUUAGAUUUGUUAGUUUAUUCAAUGAAUAACUACUUAAGCAUACGGUUGCAAAAUUAAAAAAUACAAAUACUUAAAAGUAAUAAAAAUAAUAAAUAAAUAAAAUAUAAAAAAAUUCCCAAAAUAAAGAAAACAUAUUAAUUACAAAAUCCAACAACUAUUAAGCAAACAAAAACGAAAACAAAAAUCUACAUAAAUAACCGCUGGUAUCCUGUCAUUUAUUAAUGAAAUUAAUAAAUUUAUGCAAAUUUCUCUUAAAUAAUAAAAAGAAAUUUUAAGUGUCUUAUAACAAUUUAGUAACAAUUAUAACAACGAAGUGUGAAAUAAGAAAAUUAAAUUCAACGAAUUGAAAAAAAUAAUAAUAAUAAUAAAAAUCACUGGAAAUGUUAAUACCUCUAACGCCUUUGCUUUUAAAAAUGUUUAAUGUUUAGAAAAUAAUAAAAUAAUAAAAUUUAAUGUUACAAUUCAAGAAAAUAAAAAGAAGAAUCCUGUAGUGACCGGUUAUUAAAAGAAAAAUUAAUAAAAUAGUAAAAAUUAUGAAAAUUCUACAACUUAAAAGGAGUGAGAUGAUUUGAAAUUUUGUUGCUUUUCCUUUCUUUUGGUUUCUGUUCGAUUUUUAUUUUAUUUUUAUAACGGCAAAUUUUUUAUUGGUCCCAAACCCAAACAAUAAUGUUAGACCGUUAUACGAAUCUGGUAUUUUCAUUUGGAUUUGGUGUCAUACUAAUGUGGUUAACCGAAUCUACGGAAGCCAAUGUAAAUUAUACAGCAAAACCAAGAGUGGUAUUACCGCCUAAUUAUGUCAAGGAAAUACGGCCACCUUCAAGGAAGGGUUCUCCAGUUAUAGUAGAUUUUAGUAUUUUUGUUGUAGAUAUAAAUUCAAUCAAUGUAGAGGAUAUGGACUUUCGAGUAGAUAUGUUUAUACAUCAAAAAUGGUUAGAAUCCAGAUUAGAAAUAUCCGAUGACAUUUUCGAAGAAGGAGACGAUUAUGUAACAUUACUUCCAGUUUUCGAUAAUCUUUGGCAACCUGACCCUUACUUUCUCAAUUCAAAAAUAGCUGAAAUUGCCACUUUAACCCACAAAUUUACCUCGGUGACUUUGUAUAAAAAUAAAACCGUACGAUAUGCAGCACGUAUGCAUGCAAUUAUAGCCUGUCAAAUGGAAUUUCAAUUAUAUCCCAUGGACAUACAAGUGUGUCCCAUAUACAUUGAAAGUUUUUCCUCCAACAAUAAAAAGGUUAAACUACGUUGGUCCGACUCGGGAGUAACACUUAAUCCUGAACUAACUUUGCAAUACAACUUGGGCCAACCUUUGGAACUGGAGGAAAGUGAUGGUUAUAUGCCCGAAAAGGUGGGCAAUUUUUCACGUUUAACCGUUUACUUUCGUUUUGAGCGUCAAAUUGGUCAUCAUUUGAUACAAACGUUUGCACCCUCCUCACUGGUGGUUAUGCUGUCUUGGUUUAGUUUUUGGUUGGGUCUAGAUGCCAUACCGGGAAGAGUUACUCUAUUGGUUACUUGUAUGCUAACACUGGUGACUAUGUUUACCGGCUUAAGAGCAGAUAUACCACCUGUGGCUUAUGUUAAGGCUUUAGAUUUAUGGAUGGCCGGUUGUAUGGUAUCGGUAUUUGCGGCCUUAGCUGAAUUUGUAGUGGUUAAAGUUUUAGAUGUUCAAUAUCAAUAUCAGGUUAACAAAAUACCCAAAACGUUGCCAAUGCGCAUAAGUAACAUGGAAAAAGGUCAAUGUGCAACGGUGGCUAGUUGGGAAGGCGGUGCUGUGCGAUCACGCAAGGCUACACAAACACCAACAACACCCGGCCAGACUUCUUUACAGGGCAAUGGUGGUCCACCUAAACCGGCCAGACGUCAAAGUUUACUUUCAGUAGCCUGGACGGACAUAGACACCGGCGUGGAGAAAAUAAUGUGGCGUGAAAUAGAUAAAGUUUCACGCGCUGUUUUCCCUAUCUUAUUUUUUGUUUUUGUCCUUUUGUACUGGCCCAUAUUGCUAAUGAAAUCAUCCUAGGAUUUAGGGAGUUCCAGAGAACAUCUAUCUGGACUCCGUUAAAAAAGAAUUUGGAAGAAGAUUACACUUCACUACAAACAAAUACACGGCUUAAAAUGCUUAGAACGAUUUAAGAGAAUAACAUAUGUAUGUUUUUUAUAUAAAUAUUUAAAAUUAAAGAAUUUUUGUUUAAACUAUUUUCUUACAUUUUAAAACAAAUUUUUAAAAAAUUUUUUAACGUAUUUUAAUAUUUUUUAUAGUUUAACUAUAAAAUUACUUUAAAUAUUUAUAAGUUCGAAAAACAAAACAAAACUUAAAAACGGGUUUUAAUUUUAUUUUUGUUAUAAAAUAUUUAAACAUUUUUUAAGAAUCUUAAAUUAAUUUAAUAAUUUUAAGAUUUUUUCGGUUUAUUUGUUGUUUCCUUUAAAUGUUUAAGGAAAUUUUUGUUUAACAACAUUAGUGUUAAUGUUAAGCAACAUGUUGAAGAGUUUAAACCUGUUAGCAACAUGUUGAAGACUAAACAUAAUUAGACAACAUGUUGAAGAGUAAAAAUUAUAUUUUAUUGGAAAGUUUACUCAGUUGGAGACAACUUUUCUAUAGAAAAUUUGUUACAAUUGAAGGCAUCCUUUCUAUAGAAAAUUUGUUUCAAUUAAACGUCUCAAUUGCAA